UUACAGAGCUCGGAGCUUUUCGAGGUGUCCAGUUUUACACCUGGGUUGAGGUCGGUUGAGGCCUUCUCUGAUCACGUAAACCGUGUUUUGUAGAAUUCAGAAAAGUUGUAAACUGUUGGAGUCCCUUCCACAACGAGAAGAAGCAAGUUUUUCAAAGUGUGUUGUGGCAUAAAUUAACAAGUGAGUUCCCGCUUCCGGUCCGGAAUCCCCCCGAAAACCAAAGGAUUACCCUGCAGCCUGCCGUUGACCUGCGUUAAAAAAGGAAAAAAAAAGAUCCCAGCCUGCACCGCUAAAGAACAUUGCAGCAAAGUGCCCGCUGUUAUGUAGGCCACGAUGAUUGUCUGUGACUGAAAGAGAACCCUUCUCAUUGGAGUGAAACCCAGCUCAAUUUGUCCUACUGGCCUCAACGGGGCUAGCAGGCCUGCAGGCGGACACAGACUCACCGUAUCCCGGGGACCUCUUUUUUUCCGGGUGAACUUGGAGUAAUUAUUCCUACCACCAACAGUUAGCUGGUAGAAGAGGAAAAAAUCCUGUUGAAAAAAGAAAAACAAGUGAAAAUAACGUCGGAAGAGCCUCGAAGUUUUUGAGGCGUGUCCAAAUUGUUGGCCAUAAGUCGUCAGAACACAGUCACAACAGAAAAUGUCACAUCACAGCGAUGACCAGUUGCUGCAGGCGGGAAGCGAUUCCUUCUGGGAGCCCGGCAACUACAAACGGACCACCAAGCGGAUAGAGGAUGGUUACAGAUUGUGCACAGACCUGCAAACGCUGAUACAGGAACGGGCAGAAAUCGAAAAAGGCUACGCCAAGAGCUUGAAGACCUGGUCGAAAAAAUGGGGCGAACUGAUUGAAAAAGGACCCGAGUACGGCACCACGGAAGCCGCCUGGAAGGGAAUUCUGACCGAGGCGGACCGAUUGUCGGACGUGCACCUGAAAAUCAAGGAAAACCUCUGCACCGACGUGAUGCACCAGAUCAAGGGCUGGCAGAAGGAUAACUACCACAAGACGAUGAUUCAAAUCAAGGAACGCAAAGAGAUGGAGGACCAGUUCAAGAAGGCGCAGAAACCCUGGGCGAAGCACCUGGCCAAGGUGGAAAAGUGCAAAGCCGACUACCACGCCGCGUGCAAAACGGAACGAUCCGCCGCCAACCAGGAACGGAACGCGUCCAGCGAUUCGUCGCUGUCCAAUGACCAGCUCAAGAAGAUGCAGGACCGCACGAUGCGCACCAAGGACGAGGUGAGCAAGUGCCGGGACCGGUACGACGCCGCCCUCCAGGAGAUCAACAAAUACAACCCAAUCUACAUCGAGGACAUGACCUCGGUGUUUAUCAAGUGCCAAGAGAUGGAGGAGACGAGGUUGCGCUUCUUCAAGAACGUGCUCUUCUCGAUACACAAGUGUAUGAACAUUUCGGAGGAUCCGAGCCUGCCCCAGAUCUACAAGGAGUUCCACCACACGGUCAACAACGCCGACCACCAGAAGGACCUCAAGUGGUGGUCGAACAACCACGGCGUCAACAUGGGUAUGAGUUGGCCCACGUUCGUGGAGUACACCGAAGAAUUCCGUGACAUUGCCAAGGGAAUCAAGACGAAAGAAGCUUUACCCACCGCGCCGAUCACGCUCAUACAUCAGCGACCCGUUGCCGAAGAUUUGCAUGAGUAUCCCCCGCCGGCCAGCAACAACAACAAGAACAGCAUAAACCGCACCUCGGCCACGCUCAGCAUUAGCAACUCGACCGGAAACAACGCCACCAGCAACAACAGUUCGGCCCGGGCCACCACGCCGAGCCAGGAAUCGCCGAAGUCGGAGAACGCCUCGUUGAAGAACAGCGACGUGGUGACGCCCACGCGAACCUCGCCGGCACGCGUCACGGCAGCAGCGGCGGCGGCCGCGGCCGCGGGAACCGUUGUGACCAACGGUACCAACGGCAACGGCAAAGCCGGUGAGAAUCCGUUCGACGAGGAGGAAGAGUGGGACGAAGGGGACGGCAACGAUAACAUCCUGGUGGAUAAUGGCGAGCCGGGUGUGCCGGUGAAGGCCCUGUACGACUACGAAGGUGCAGAGAACGAUGAGCUGACGUUUAAAAUGGGUGAAGUCUUCGAGAAGCUGGAGGACGAGGACGAGCAGGGCUGGUGCAAGGGCCGAAAGGACGGCCGCGUCGGUCUGUACCCGGCGAAUUACGUCGAAACGAUUGCGACAUAAGCGGUGGGCAUGGUUGCAUGUAAGAUAGCGAGCAAUUUCGAGGUUUCGUUGUUUCUUCUUUUUUUUUUAAAUAGAAAUUAUGGAUAUUUUACCAGAAACGAGAGAGCGAACAAAUCAAACAAGAAGUCAUGGUGGGUGGUUUGAUUUGAAUUGUGUUAAAUUCAAGUGCGCGUUAAAUUUCGAGUUUAUAUUUUCUAAAGAGGUUUACAUUUAGAAAGCUUUUUUAACAAAAUCAAGGGUUUCGCAUUGCACACUUGCAGAAGAAACUGUUAUUUGCCCGGGUUAUUUGUUCGCUUUUGAGAUUUAACACCUGAAUAAAUCGAAACGAGAGUGUAUAUUUUUGUUGGUAAGUAUUUCGGACACGAUUGUUAAAAUGUAGAGUUGCCUUAGUUGAAGUAUUCCGUACGAGGUGGUGACGCGAGUGAGAAAUCCCUGCUUGUUGGAGUUUAUUAUUUUACCAAAUCAGUUUUAGAAAAAAAGUGGGGAUGAUUUGGCAGCAAGCAAACUUUUGCUCACACACAUAAUUGAGAGUAAAAAAGAGGUUUUUACUACAUAAGCUAAAUCUAGGUGGUACCGACUGAAACGAGUGCGAGUUGGCGCGGCGACGACGAUUCGCUCAAGUUGAGGCAGUUGAAAAUAGUCACGUUUGUUGAAAGUGGUAGAUUUGUAUUAAGUAUAAAACAAUGAUAGAAUCAAACAAACAAAAAAGUUUAAGCUAAGCUGCAUUUACUCGUAACACACACCCUGUUUCAUGCAGAUUGUUAUCUUGCAUACAAAAUUAGCGAAACUAUUUCACAUGAUAAAUGCAUGUCCAACGUUUCAUUCUCCGUCAACGAGCUAUUAAUCACUCAGACUAGUAAAUCACACCACACACACAAACACAAACUAUACAAGGAACUUUAGCGCCAAUCUUACAAAUAAAAAAACAAACAAAUAUUUUGAGCUAAAUGCUACUACACAAAUUUAAAAUUUGCCAAAAAUAUGGGACUAAACCAGUUAAACAAACCAACUUUACAAACACACAAAAAAUACAAAUACUAAAAACACAAGCAACGGAAACCACCAUCGAAGCGAUGUUGUACAAGUACUAUUUAGAGCAGACAAAUUUGUAGCUUAUUUCGGUAGCGCGCAGCAAUUUAAACCCCCUUCAUUCACAAUGCAAUUUCAUCUUUCUCAUCGCAGCCAUUUUUGAAAAUUUUCACACCGCCAUCCGCUUUUUGAAACCAGCAAAUUCUGUCAUGCAAGCUUGCAUGCGAGUUUGGUUAGUACUGGUUCGAAAAAUUAGAUGGCGUCCCGCCCGUUUCAUUCUAGCAACCAACAGAGUAAAUCAGAAAGCAAACAACAAACAAAAAAUAGUCAAGCAGUAGUGUUUUUCCAGAAUCAGUAGAGAAAAAAUAGGAAGCAUAUUAAAGUUUAGCGUACUUUUUCCUUUCUUUAUUUCCUUAAAUUGAGCCAUGCAAACGAACGAUUGCGUGAAAGUGUAACAAAAAAGAAUACAAACAUGCACGUAUCAGCGAUAUGAUAAAUCAGGUGGGAGACUAAAACGGCAAGAGAGAAUGUUGUGUAAUAUAUUAUGUUUGAAGAAAUAUUAUAAAGAAAAGAUGAGUAAAAUAUUAAAAAUUGAAUAGGCGAUAGCAGAUUUAAGUUAUUUAUAUUGAAUAAGUAAGACAAGUUAAACAA